AUGUAUGUGGCUACCGGCUCGUCACCGGUCUUGACAGGGGUUCCGUACCGACCGCAGGACGUGUACGUCUUCUAUAAAUUGCAUCUUCACGUUGGAAACAGACUCCGAAGAGGCUCCGAGCACGAACUCGAUGGCUUUAAAUUUGACGGAGAGAUACAUCUCAUCCACUACAAUCAGAAGUACGGUAGUUUCGACAACGCUGUGACUAAACUAGAUGGGCUGGUGGUGAUCGGUGUGUUUCUUCAGUUUCAGCGGUUUUAUCGGUUUUUAUUGCUCGGUGCAGACUGGAAGAAAGAAGCUUUCUACGACCCCAGACAGUUGCUGCCUUUACAAAAAGACUUCCUAGUCUACCAGGGAUCGCUGACCACACCGCCAUGUUCGGAAUCAGUCCGCCAUAUUGUCAUGAGAUACCCGAUCAACAUUAGCAGUCAGAAUUUACAAGCUCUGCGCCAGCUUCCAAACAACGAGGGAUCACCAAUAUCACAAUACACAAACGUCAGACCACUACAAGGGCGCUUGUACCGAAGAGUCGACACAAAUUUCCCUUGCUUUUAG